AUGGUAGAACGAAGAAUCAGUGAAACUUUUCGAUCAGAUAACGAUUGCCAGAAAGUGAAAAUUCACUUCUAAUUUUUCAUCGAAACUUCUCGGAGUACAAAUUCAUGUUCCGCUUAGUAGUGAAAUUCAAUUUUCACGGAAAAAGUGCGUCGUGUGCAAACUAGAAGUGCAGCAAAUACAGUGCCUGUGUGGAGGCUACGCGCUGGCCGGAAAAUUUUCUGUCGGGCUCGGGCAUCGCCGUCGCGAAGGAAGCACAUAAAGUGAACAAGUGAAUUUGAAUGUUUUUUAUUCUUAGCCGUCUACCAAUCGGUUCUAGUAUUCGUAAUUCUGGUAGAUCUCUAAGCCUCUUUCGCAAAUUAGUCAUUACUAGCUAAUAUGGUUGUUUGUGGUCCAGAUUUGGGAUGAGUCAUUCCGAGAAAAGAAGGUUGUAAUCGAAAAAGUGUUCCCUGGCGAGAUGGACCAAACUGGUCUUCGCCGUCUGUAAAGACAGUCGCAAAGAAAAAAAAAGUGUUCCCUAGCGGUGGCUACUCGACGGAUUUGAGCAAUCAUAAACUCCAGCCAGUGACAACGUAAAUGAGUGGAAAACAAAGUAGACAUUUUGAGGCAGUAGUUGUGUGAAGGCCGAAAAAUUCUGUUUUAUUUUUGGUGAAAAAGAAAGGUUUUCAGUUUUUAAUUCUCCCCUCAGCUAAGACGGUGUCACAUUGCAUUUUUUUUUUUUUCUAUUUGAUUAUUUUGGCAAACUGUUAAGUAAUUAACUACUCCUUCCUACUCGCGACCUCGUAUGACAGACAGAGAUACAUUGGCUGUCCGGAUAGGAUUGUGUUCUCAAGUCUGUGUGAGUGCGUGCAGUAUUCGACGAGGAGCGUCCGGGAUUAAUCAAACACACAAAAAGAGAAACCAAGAGUACGAAAAGACGGGCGUGCACAUAAUCAACAUCAUCAAAAGAGAACAAGAGUAGUUAUUCCAACAAUAACAACAGCAACGACUAAAACGACGACGACGGCCGCGAGUGUGGAGAAAGGUUCUUUAUUCCGCUGCUACGAUCAAAGCUUCGAUCAACAUCUGAAGUGUAUGUUGUACAUUGAAUAGCAGCAACAAGCUUUGCUGUUUCUUGGCACAGGGGGAACGUUCGAUUCCUUCAACAACAGCAGUAGCUAGUAACAACAAUAACAAUGACGGAAUACAAACUGGUAGUGGUCGGCGCUGGAGGCGUUGGCAAAUCUGCACUCACGAUACAGCUCAUCCAAAAUCAUUUUGUGGACGAAUACGAUCCAACCAUCGAAGAUUCUUAUAGGAAGCAGGUGGUGAUUGAUGGCGAAACAUGCUUGUUAGAUAUUCUGGAUACAGCAGGUCAAGAAGAAUACUCGGCUAUGCGUGAUCAGUAUAUGAGAACCGGUGAAGGCUUCUUGCUUGUAUUUGCGGUGAAUAGUGCCAAAAGUUUCGAAGAUAUAGGAACCUACCGAGAGCAAAUCAAACGCGUCAAAGAUGCUGAAGAAGUCCCCAUGGUGCUUGUCGGUAACAAGUGUGAUCUGCAGGCGUGGGCCGUAGAUAUGAAUCAAGCGAGAGAUGUGGCCAAACAGUACGGUGUUCCAUUUGUUGAAACGUCCGCCAAGACCAGAAUGGGGGUCGAUGAUGCCUUCUACACGCUCGUUCGAGAGAUCCGCAAGGACAAGGAAAGAGGGAAAAAGAACCGAAACAACAAAAAAUUUGGUUCAAGUCGUCGGUUCAAAUGUCGACUGCUGUAAUUUCGUUUAAGAGAAUCGAACGCUGCCCGCUAUUUUACUUUUACAAUUACACUGUCUAUGCAUGGGAAAGUAUGUGAACCUUUCUACAACCGCACAACUAAGCAACACUCAAUAUGUGUUGAUGAUCGUUCCCUUUACCAAUCUGCAAAAAUCACCACAAAGAAGAUACAAAAUCUACAUUUAUCCGCAAUAUGAAAUUUUUUACUAUUGUUGUACCAGAACUAUCCGUAGUCUUGUUGAAGCGCUUUAAAUGCGGAUUGGAAUACAGGAAAUCAGUAAACGACCACAGCGAGGAAACAAAAUAAGAAACGAUUCAACUAAAAUGGCAACCAAUUAGCUUUAGGAGAAAAUUACGAAAAUCUUUUAAAUUUUUUUAUUUUUUUUUUGUUUUAUCAUGCAAUGUAUUUUUUUUUAAAUUCUACUCUUUUAUCUCAGUGCUAUCUAUUAUGCUUGUAAUAAAACAAUAACCAUAAUAAGGUAACUAGUAGCUGGAAUUUGUUCUUAUCCAGAAUGCAAUGUCUGAAUUUGAGUAAGUAGCAUUUAACUAACGUUGACAACGCCUUGGCGGAAAAGAACCUUUUUCACGAACACAAUACAAAAGAAUGAAUUCUUCGUCUACUUAUAACAAAGUGCAUGUGUCUGGAAAAUUUCUAAAAAAAAGUAAACAAUAAUCCAUUUUGUAAUCGAAUGUAAUCAAUCAACUAGGGAAAAAAGCGGUCCGAGGUAUGUUCAAUUAUUUUUAGUUGCAGAAAACAUGUGAAGCGUGAUAUACCAUUUGAGCUUGGAUUGUUUUAUUACAUGAUGGUAGGCAGGUUUCAAAUUGGUUUCCAGUUUUCUCACUGUUCUAAUGUUAAUCAAUUUUCCGUGUAACCAUUUUCAGCAUAACAGUAAUUAUUGAACGUUGCAUGCGCAGUAUGACAUAUGCUGUCAUAAGCGUAAGGAGGACAACAUGAAACUACUCAUACACAGUAUCUAAAUCACUAGCAGGAAACAAUUAUUUGUCAAUCUAUAACGUAUUCAGACAAAUGGACAAUGGUUAUAAUGUACAAUAGUAUGACUCGUGUUUACCCUUCCUAAUUUUAAUCAGUCCCACAAGUAAACACCGAACUUCACAAAUCGAUAUUAAUACGUUGGAAAAUUAAUUGCACUUGCUGAAAGUUUACUCAAUAUCUCAUCAAAUAAGAACUGAGCAGACAAUUAUACUGCAUACCUUCAUAAACGCAUUGAAAACAAAUAUGAAGCAACUAGUGUAAAGAAAUGGUUGAUCAGCAAAUCUGCGCAGAAAUAUAAUUGGCAUAUAAUGUAAAAAUUCCAAAUUUUUCACUAAUGUGAAGCAAGCAUAUUUUAUUAGUAAAGAGUAAAUCAAGAACAAAGUUCCAAUGAACUUGUUUAGUAAAAAAUACUACACAAGUAAAGAAAAUAGCGUAAUAAAGGAAGGGUACAGUGUUUGCUUACGCGUUAGUGGUCUAUCAAGAGCAACAAAUGCGUCGAAUUCUACUUUUAGCAGUAAAAACGGAUGUGUGCGCUCAAACAAAUUUCCAGUGCGCUUAAUGACGAUAGUCUACUGAUGGAUAAGAUAUUCACUGUUGUAAGGCGAAUGUAGUAAAAAUAUUGAACAAAUAAAAUUGAUGAGACGUAUUCAAUCUAACAA